UCGUGACUAGCAUUUGUCAAGUCGGCAUAAUCUUUCUCAUAAGCAACUUUUAGUGAAGUUAAAAACUAACUUAAAGAUGUUUUUAACACGUUCAGAAUAUGAUCAUGGCGUUAACACUUUCUCACCAGAAGGAAGAUUAUUCCAAGUUGAAUAUGCUAUAGAAGCUAUAAAGCUUGGUUCCACUGCCAUUGGAAUCGCAACAUCUGAAGGUGUAGUGUUAGCUGUGGAGAAACGUAUCACCUCCUCCUUAAUGGAGCUAACAACAGUAGAGAAAAUUGUAGAGAUUGAUAAGCAUAUUGGAUGUGCUGCGUCUGGUUUAAUAGCUGAUUCUAGAACAAUGAUCGAUCGUGCUAGAGCUGAAUGUCAAAAUCAUUGGUUUGUUUACAAUGAGAAAAUGUCAGUGGAAUCCACUGCACAAGCUGUUUCGAAUUUAGCUAUACGAUUUGGAGAUAGUGAUGAUGAUGGUGGUGCUAUGUCAAGACCAUUUGGUGUAGCAAUGUUAUUUGCUGGUAUUGAUGAAAAAGGGCCUCAGUUGUACCAUAUGGAUCCAUCUGGCACUUUUGUUCAGUUUGAUGCAAAAGCCAUUGGUUCAGGAAGUGAAGGUGCGCAACAUAACCUUCAAGAAGUAUACCACAAGUCUAUGACGCUGAAAGAAGCAAUUAAGGCUGCCUUAACAAUAUUGAAGCAGGUCAUGGAAGAGAAACUGAACGAUACUAAUAUAGAAGUAAUGACAAUGACACCAGAGAAUUUAUUUCAUAUGUUCGAAAAACCUGAAUUACAGGAGGUGAUUAAAGAUAUUGCUUAAACCUUAUAGUGUUUAAAAACAUGUUGAAUGAAUUGACAUCAAUGCAUAAAUUUAUCUGCAACAGAAAUCUGAAUGCUCUACAAUUGCAAAUUAUACAUACAUUUUUCAC